GCUAUGGAAAAUGUUUCUGGAUGAUGCACAACUUGUUUAGAUUGAACGGUGGGUAUGAUGUUGUUAUGCAGAAAAGCCGAAGCAAUGAGGCCUUUGAUCCCAGGUUACCGUGGCCCGUCUGGAAAAAGUUAAAGGUAAUCGUGUACAUGGGAGACGAGUUCCGUAUGAAUUUCAGCCAUACGCAUUUUGACACGUUUUUUCCCCCGAAUUUCUAUACAGAGAUAUACAAACUGAGCGUGCCAGCCAAUGAUGCAAAGAGGAAAACAAGAUUUAACCUCAUGUUGCUUCCUCCUUUAAUGUAUGAUCCGUUAGUUCUUGUAGUCAAAUUUUUCUACUUUCAAGCUUACUUAAUUAAAGGAUUUAUG